AUGAGCCAAAUGUAUGACGACCAGUACUAUGCGGCUUCGCGACGCCGCUCGGUGGCCACGCCUCCUCCCAGCAUGACCCCACGACACAGCCGCGCUCGGUCUCAGAGCGUGCGAGUUAGCAACGGUACUGCCAGCACACAUACCAGCUAUUCCAGUGGACAAAUGUCGGAAGCCACCAAUAUCACUCAACCGCCCUCGUACUCUAAAAAGUUUGUCGUGGUUGGAGAUGGCGGAUGUGGCAAGACAUGCUUGUUGAUCAGUUACUCGCAAGGCUACUUUCCAGAGAAAUAUGUCCCGACUGUGUUUGAAAAUUACAUCACUCAGACCACACACAGGGCAUCCGGGAAGACAGUCGAGCUUGCACUGUGGGAUACCGCCGGCCAGGAGGAGUACGAUCGUUUGCGCCCAUUGUCCUACCCCGAGACCGACCUUCUAUUUGUCUGCUUUGCAAUCGACUGUCCUGCAUCCCUAGAGAAUGUCGUGGAUAAGUGGUAUCCUGAGGUUCUACACUUUUGCCCCACAACACCAAUCAUCCUGGUUGGCUUGAAAUCAGAUCUCCGCAACAAACGCACAUGUAUUGAGCUCCUCAAGACACAAGGCCUGACCCCCAUCACGCCAGAACAAGGUCAGGGUGUGGCCCAGCGAAUGGGUGCAACCUACGUGGAGUGCAGUAGUAAGGAAAUGCGUGGUGUGGACGAGGUCUUUGCCAAGGCUGUCGAUACCGUCAUCGCAAUCGAGGAAGAAGGAUACAUCACCCAGCCAACGAAUAAUCGCAACAGCGGCAAACCUUCUGGUGGUGGAAUCCGACCCGGAAAGAAGAUCAAGAAGCGCACCUGCAAGAUCCUAUAA